GAGAGAAAGGAAAAAAAACCGAACGGACCAGAAAAGAGGCGAAUCGCCAAACCAACAACCGUUCGGGUGGAGGGAGCUUGAAGAGAACGACGUCGCACCUGACAUUUUCUCCACCCUUGAAGCAAAGCAAUACCUUCUUCACUUCAGAUCUCUUCUUCUUCUUCUUCUUCUACUCUGUUCGCACCUUCCUUCCUGCUCUAUUCUUAGGGCUUCGGAUCCUGUGGCUUCGUUUUUCUUUUUAAUCUGGAGGUCGAAUUCGAUACCUUAGAUCUGACGGUGAAGUGGGAAUCACUCUCCCUGUCUCUUCUCAUCUUUUGGAUUUCCAGCAUCUGAUUGAAGAUCCCUUCGUGGAUCCAGUGUAAUGGCGGAUUCGGAGCCAAUUACGCCUGGCCAGGUUUCGUUUCUGCUCGGAGUCAUCCCUGUCUUCAUAGCAUGGAUAUACUCUGAGUUUCUAGAGUAUAAGAGGUCUUCAUUGCACUCUAAAGUCCAUUCAGAUAAUAAUUUGGUUGAACUUGGUGAGGUGAAAAUAAAGGAAGAUGAAGGAGCAGUUUUACUUGAAGGAGGUCUUGCAAGAUCCAUUUCUACAAAGUUUUAUAACUCACCUAUCAAAACAAACUUGAUUAGGUUUCUGACGCUAGAAGACUCAUUCUUGAUUGAUAAUCGAGCAACCUUGAGAGCGAUGGCUGAGUUUGGGGGGAUUCUCUUUUACUUUUAUAUUUCCGAUCGAACAAGCUUGCUUGGAGAGUCUAAAAAGAAUUACAACCGAGACCUUUUCCUCUUUCUCUACUGUCUUCUCAUUAUAGUGUCAGCUAUGACUUCCUUGAAGAAACACAAUGACAAAUCACCUAUAACAGGAAAGUCCAUUCUGUACCUUAAUCGUCACCAGACUGAAGAGUGGAAGGGAUGGAUGCAGGUUCUAUUUCUGAUGUAUCAUUACUUUGCUGCGACUGAGAUAUAUAAUGCAAUCAGGGUCUUCAUCGCCGCCUACGUCUGGAUGACUGGUUUUGGGAACUUCUCGUACUACUACAUCAGAAAGGAUUUCUCCCUAGCACGAUUUACUCAGAUGAUGUGGCGUCUUAACUUAUUUGUGGCUUUUAGCUGCAUUAUUCUCAAUAAUGAUUAUAUGUUAUACUACAUUUGUCCAAUGCACACUCUGUUCACUCUUAUGGUGUAUGGAGCCCUUGGUAUCUUCAGUCGGUAUAACGAAAUACCAUCAGUAAUGGCUGUGAAGAUUGCUUCAUGCUUUCUCGUGGUUAUCGUGAUGUGGGAGAUUCCUGGAGUUUUUGAGAUUUUCUGGAGUCCUCUAACAUUCUUACUAGGAUACACUGAUCCAGCUAAACCAGAUCUACCACUUUUACAUGAAUGGCACUUCAGGUCUGGACUUGACCGCUACAUAUGGAUCAUUGGAAUGAUAUAUGCCUAUUUCCAUCCCACUGUAGAGAGAUGGAUGGAGAAAUUGGAAGAGUGUGAUGCCAAGAGAAAGAUGUCAGUAAAGACGAGCAUAAUUGCAAUUUCCUCAUUUGUUGGUUACUUAUGGUAUGAAUACAUCUACAAGCUUGACAAGGUUACGUACAACAAAUAUCAUCCCUACACGUCAUGGAUUCCGAUAACUGUCUACAUCUGUCUGCGAAAUUCCACACAGCAGCUACGAAAUUUCUCCCUGACACUAUUUGCGUGGCUCGGCAAGAUUACACUGGAGACUUAUAUUUCUCAGUUUCACAUCUGGUUAAGAUCAAAUGUACCUAAUGGACAGCCUAAGUGGCUGUUAUGCAUCAUUCCAGAAUACCCAAUGCUCAACUUCAUGCUCGUUACGGCCAUAUAUAUCUUGGUGUCGCACCGACUAUUCGAGCUUACGAAUACAUUAAAGUCUGUUUUCAUACCUACAAAAGACGACAAGAGGCUGCUCCACAAUGUCAUUGCUGGAGCUGCCAUCUCGUUCUGUUUAUAUUUAACUGCUCUCAUUCUUCUCCAGAUCCCACACUAACCAUGAGGGACUAAAAACAUGUGGAAAACAAGCUGCACAGAGGUUUCUAUGUCAAACUUGCAAAAAUAGUUACAACACACGUCUCAUAUCUCGACAAUAAAAAAUUGUUUCCAAAGAUCAGUACUUUUUGAAGUUUGCCAAGUGAAGCAUCUUUUGGAUAAUUAGAACCAGAGGAGCUUCAGAAAGAGUGAAGCAUCUUCUGGCACUUCGACGGCAUCAUCUUAGGACCAAUUGUUUGUUUUCUUUCUUAUCUCUGUUGUAAUUUUGCUACAAGUUUUUUAAUAUAUAGUUUCAUUUGCCUUUUGUUUC